GAGCCUUCAUAUUGCUCUCACCACCGCCUUCCUUUCAGUUCUCUCCUUCCUUUUCUCUCGCCCCUGUUCUCGUUCCCCUGCUAUUUUAGCACCUCCUCUGCUUCAAAGCUUUGAAGCCGCUCUCGCCUCGCUCGGCAAGGAGAAGGAAGAAGGAAGAAGCAGAGAGGAACACAGAGAGAGAGAGAGAGAGUGAUGGGGAAUUGCCAGGCCAUCGAUGCAGCGACCCUGGUGAUCCAGCACCCAUGUGGGAAGGUGGACAAGCUGUACUGGCCCGUCUGCGCCGGGGAGAUCAUGAAGAUGAACCCCGGCCACUACGUGGCUCUCCUCAUCUCCACCGCCGUGUGCCCCCGCCGCCGCAGCAGCAGCAGCAGCAGCCAUAAUAAUUCCGUCCGCGUGACCCGCAUUAAGCUCCUCCGGCCCACGGAUACUCUUGCUCUUGGCCAAGUUUAUAGGCUCAUCACUGCCAAAGAGGUUAUGAAGGUUUUAUCGGCUAAGAAGCAUGCAAAGAUGAGGAAGGGCCAGCAUGAGAUCAGGGUGGAGCAUGAAGAGAAGCUGUCCUCAUCUGGGCUGGAGAUAAUAGCACCUAGAAGAUCUGAUUCCUCUGACACGAGGAAAGAACACCAGGUGGCGAGACAUGACAGACACAGGCAGAAGACAAGUACGGCGACAAGUAAUUCAGCUGUCAACAAGCCAAGAACAUGGCAACCCUCGUUAAAGAGCAUCUCUGAGGCGGCAAGCUGAAGUUUUCUUCUGGAUGUUUGACAGAUAUGAUUGAUGCGUCUUGUGGGUUCUGAUAACUCUGCUAUAUGCACUCAACGAGUCUUUCUUCGAAUAGUGGAAGUUCAAAUGUUUCACAGAGAGGGGGGGAGAGAGAGUGUGUAAGAACUCAUCUGGAAAGUGUUGAUAUUGGCCAAAUCUUUGCUUGUAUAGAGGGGAAAAAGAAACGAAGGAGAAAAAGAAUUGAAGCAAUCCCAUGUAAUCAAUUUGCUGCUCUUCUUAAUGAAAUUUGGGCAGUAUUACAAUUGACCAAGAUUGACUCAGAGCUUGGAUGA